GUAGAAGAGACAUCAAGUGGAAGAAGUUCAAGGAGAAAGGCGCUCACUCACAUUUGGAUCAAGAUUUCAAACUACAGCAGCAGGAUGAAAGCUGCCACGAGUCUCGUCACACUGGUCGUCCUGGUUUCCCUCAGAGGUUCCUCUUCUCUGCCGACCACCGCAGGAGUCAGUCACUGGGACGCCAGGGUCCUGACGGAUGACUACGACGACUACGACGACGCCACCACCCCCGCGGCCCCGCCCAGAGCAACGAGGGACGGGCUCCCUCAGCAGUGCGACUACAGUCCCUGCAGGGAGAAGCAAACCCCCUGUGAAGACCUGGCCACCUCCACGGGCUGCUUGUGUCCGGGGAUCACCUUACACGACAAGGCUCCGAUGACCCCCGACCUCAGAACCGUGUCCUGGAACGGAUCGGCAGUGGUGCUCCACUGGUGUGCACCGUAUUCACACGUCACUUCCUACAUCGUGACGGUCGGAGGGGAAGAGAAAAAGGAAUUCAAGGGCGAACAACGCAGCGGUGCGCUGGGGGAGAUAGACCACGUGACGAAGGUUUGCGUGGCCGCCGUGAACGACGCCGGGAUAAGUGAGCAGUCCUGUAAGAUGUACCAACCCAGCGAUAGCAAGCUGCUCCUGACGGCGGGCCUCGUCGGGGGGGCCCUGGGCCUCCUGCUGCUCCUGCUGCUGGUUGUGCUGCUGUGGAGGCGCAGGAGGCAACGGAAACAGGAGGCCACGGUGUCCAUGAGCAGCUCCGCUGGGAGACAGUGAACAGACGAGGCCUGCAGGGCUGAACGGUCAAUGAAACGAGACUCUGGCCCUUGAGACUGUCCAGCAUUAUCACAGUUAAUUAACUGUGACAAACAUCGCAACCAUCCGUGCAUAUCUGCACCCAGAGGCUCUCUCUAAACAGGAAGACGCAGGGAUCAUCAACUGAUUAUGAUAUCACACUGCUUAUCUUUUUCAUAAUCCUGGUUCCUUUUGAAAACCCCUCGGUGUGAUCAAGGACGUUCCUGAAACCAUGAACUGAAAACAAGCGGCAUAAAAACAAAAUCAAGAAUGUACACGCCGGUAUUGAGCCCCUAUCCCAGCCAGGGUUUAUACGCGGAUCCAGGGGGGGUAAAAGUGGGAACCAGAUACGGGUCCCACACAGAGCUGGGUAGAGUAGCCAAGAAUUGUACUCAAGUAAAAGUACUGUUACUUCAGAAUUAUAUGACUCAAGUAGAAGUAAAAACUAGUCAUCCAAAUAAUGACUUGAGUAAAAGUAAAAAAGUACUUGGUGAAAAAACUACUCAAGUACUGAGUAACUGUUGAGUAACGUGUGAUUUAUUUUUUUAACACAACCAUUCAAACAGAUAAAAGUACAAAAUAAUCA